AUGACAGGAGAGGCAAGGAGUGGAAUGUAAUAGCUGAACAGAGACGGCAACCAGGCGAAUGGUUAAUCAUCUCUGUCUCUAAAGCGUUUGAUGCUGUUUGUCAGGCAGAGCUUGCGCAGAUCCACGUUUUCUCAGCGUCGUCAUAAAUGAUAUUCUCUUCUGGUGGCCGCUCCAUAAGUAGCUAGCGAUAAUCGAACGGGUCGGUGAAACUAGCGGAGCAGAAUGUUAAAUAUCACCCGAUGUGCAAACUGAAACGCUGCAGCAUUUGCACUAAAACAACGGCGUGUUAUAUGGCUCUUCCAGAAAGGGAUUGUUGCAAUUGGAUUAAAGUAGACGCAAGAGAUGUAGAUAGAAAUGUCUAGCUAGCCAAAGUACUAGCUAACCGAUGUUGCAUCGAUGGAAUUAUUCGAGUGCCAUUGAUUGAGAUGCACCCAGCGACGCUAAAUGAGUGGCUAACUAGCUACAUGGAUAGUAUUUAGCGGCUAGCUAGCCGUGACGGGAGUGUGGACGUUUAGUAACGUUGUGUGAAUGGGAUAUAUACCAUUUUGAUACAUACCUCAAUGAUUAAGGAUCUAACAUGUUAACUAAAUACAUGUGACUUGGUAUUCAUCCAUGCUAAGCCAGCGUUCUGUUUUAUCGUCCGGCAGCGACAUUUGGACGGGGGGACAGUAGCUAACGUUACUAAGAUUGGGCAGUGUGCAUCAGUAUGGCACAACUUCUAGAAGGUGCCCGCAACCUGGGCUGGGUACUCCUGAACUCCUUCCUUCGUUUCAUCUUUGUCUUCAUUAAUAACUGUGUAGCAAUCCCUUCCUAUUGCCUCUACUGCAUUCUUCUUCAACCCCUCAGAGUAAUGGACAGCCGUACUUUCUGGCUCAUUGAAGGAAUAAUGUUCAAAUGGAUGUUGGCAAUGGUGUCACAGUGGGGCUGGGUUGCAGGCUAUACAGUGAUGGAAUGGGGCGACGACGUAAGGCCCCUUUCUGAAGAGGAAGCCAUGGUCAUCGUCAACCACCAAGCCACAGGGGACGUGUGCACCCUCAUGAUGUGCUUGCAGGACAAGGGCACGGUGGUGAGGAAGAUGAUGUGGUUAAUGGACCACGUGUUCAAGUACACCAACUUUGGCCUGGUGUCUCUCAUCCACGGGGACUUCUUCAUCAGACAGGGUAAAGCGUACCGGGACAAGCAGCUGAUCUACCUAAAGGACCACCUAGACCGGUACUAUCACAGCCGUGACAGAAAGUGGAUCGUGCUCUUCCCAGAAGGCGGCUUCUUGCGCAAGCGGCGGGAAACCAGCCAGGCAUUCGCCAAGAAGAACUCGCUUCCUCACCUGACGCAUGUGACGCUGCCGCGGCUGGGUGCCACUCAGGUGAUCCUGAAGACCCUGGGGCCGCAGCAGGAGAACGGCUGCCUGGGGACAGAGGCCAGCACAGUGCACCGUAGCCAGUCAGGUAGUAAACCCAAAGGCCUGCAGUGGGUGGUGGACGUGACCAUAGCGUACUCCAAAGCCAGGCCCAUGGACAUCCAGACGUGGAUCUUUGGCUACAGACCUCCCACAGUCACUCACGUACACUACAGGGUGUACCCCAUAAAGGAGGUUCCGGUGGAGACCAAACCCCUGACAGACUGGCUGUAUCAGAGGUUUGUUGAAAAGGAGGAUCUACUGGCCCAUUUCUACGAAACAGGAGCCUUCCCUCCGCCGAAAGGCCAGAAGGAGGCUUUCUCCCGGGCGAUGACCCUCGACCCUGUGCAGCUCUGCGUCAUCCAAUUCCUGGCCUUCGCCUCGGGCUACCUGUGGUACAGCGUCCUGCAGUACUUCUACUGCCGUUUGUUCUGAGUGCACUGAGGAGGAUGGCGGUUUUAAGGAGGUUCUUUAAAGUGAACCGGAUCCUGUUGGCACUGGAUCAGCCAAUAGCGCACCCUCCCCAGUACCAUCCUUCCUCCCCUACGAUGGAUUGAAUGUACAUUUUGCAAAAAGCAGGAGGGACUGGAAAAAAAAAAGAUUAUGUUGGAGUCUUUUUUCCCCUCCUGGAUACAUGAAUACCUACACACACGGACGGACGGACAGAUGGACAAACACACACAUGAUUGACUGAAGCCCCUAAUUUUGAACAUGAAUCAUGUUUACACACUAACUUAUUGGAUACACACCUGCGCCAAUCUAGGUGAUGGUCUCUCACACACUUUUUCUGUUUACACACGUCCUCGUACACUUCAACUGAACUCUCCCACACGCCCAGACCCACACGCCCAGUUUUACUCUCAGAUCAAGAAUGAGGCUCAGGACUACAACUGAAAUUGUUCUCAAGUGGACUCUCUCCCUGGUCUUUAGGUGUAGUUUUACAGUGUGUGUUUGUGCAUUGUCUGCCCUCAUACCCCCCUCUUUUUGGACUUCUCUCCAGGACUGUUGAUUAGAUGGUUGGGCCCACAUUACAGAGAGAGGGGCUGUUGUAUGUAUGUACCCGAUCAGAGACUACCACUUCUGACCCCUCUCUUAUGGCCUUCAUUGCACUAAAAGGAUCCAUACUGCCCCCUACCCCACCACCCACUCCAGGAAAUAUUCCUGAACGGUAGCUGUUUGUUUUUUAUUUCGUUGAUUUUCAUGUGCCCCGCCCUCUAACCACCCCCUCUCCCCCUAACAACGACCAUUGCAUUUGUUAUCGUCAUUGGUGUUGUCGUAGACCACCUACCUUGUCAUCUUCGAGACUUUACUUUACUAUGUGUCUGUCCAAGACUGUAUUCUGAGCUGACUGACUGAAGGGGAAUCUUCUUGUUUACACUGGCGGCCCCCUGUCUGGGCCUAAAGGGAAGCUGGUAACGAUGUCAGGCUCUUGUUAAGACUGUUUCCACAACGUGGGGUGGUUCCAGAACCCGGGGAGGGGGGGCAGUGCCCAAAUGCUGAUGACGAAACACUGAUGGCACAUUGUGACAGCACUCUUAUCCGACCCCCUCCCUGAAAAAUAACUCCCUUAACACCCGUGAUGAUGCAGAUUCUCAACACCCCCUGCCCUCACUAGUACACACACACACACACACACACACACACACACACACACACACACAGAGAUAUGGUGCAGCUACACAGAGCAGAGUGGAUCUCUGCCCAUAUAGGACUGUCUCAGUGAGCCAAACUGAAAAAGGCGGACAAAGCUGAAUUUCUCCCCAUUGGACUCCAUAGUUUUACAAAUAUUUAAGCCAUAUGCUUAGUGUCAUGGGUUGGGGAAUGACAUAAGAAAAAUAUACUUUUUAUAGGCGGAGCUACCCUAAUGCUCGGCAUUCUAAAAUUUAAAUUUUGGCUUACAAACUCGUAGGUGUCAUUACUGUAAAUUUACAGCGUAACCUGCCUAAGUGAGUGUGUGUGGUUGACUUUUUCCUCCCCUCUUUUUAAUAUAUAUAUAUAAUUAUAAUGAUGUCGCACUGAUCUGCGAUAUCCGAGUUGUGGCGGCAAAUCACUCUUAGUGGUCAGUUAUUAUUUCAUUUUUAAAUUACUUGAACUUUUGUCCUUAUGCCAUGAGUAUAUUUAAUCUUGUAAAUAACGAAGCUGAGGAAGAAAUUCAUUGUUGUGAGUGACUGCAACUGAUGUUAUCUCUCUCUCUUGGUCCGACUAUUUCUUAUUUGUUUUUAGUUUUGAAAUAUCAUGAAUGUUUAAAAAACAACAAAAAAAUGAUAAAAAGAACAAUUGUUUCGAGACCUGUCACUUCUGUGUUACUUCCCUGUUCCUUGACCUUUGGUUUGACCUCUGACAUGGAUGUUAUUUUAUGUGUGCUUCAUGAACCCGGAGAGCUCGGCCAGGCUCUCAGCUCCUGCACAGUCACAAUGCUCAGUGAUACACAUAUGGCCCUGUUGGGAUACGUUAGCAAUGCAUCCUUUCCUUCCUACCUUGAAGAAAUCGCCGAUCUGAACUGGUUGGAUUAGUGUAAGAAAUAGGGUGGUUACCUCGUCUACACCUAUCCAAUCUCUUAUCGAUAUGUGCUUACCUCAGCAAAACAAGGAAGGAAGGAUGCCUUUCUGAAGUAUUAGAACAGGGACAGAGGCCCAGGUUCGAACCAAAUCAUAGCCCCUCCACCUAAAGACACUGAUGGAUUCCUAGGUCCAAAAAAUACAGGUUAAGACAACAUAAUAAUUCUACGCUGCAGUGUUUGAAAAUAAACAAAUGAAUUGGACCAGCCCCAUUGUUAACUACUAGCACCGUUGCUAACUAGCAACGCUGGUCCCAUUUUUGCAAAGAGUUAUGGGAUAUUAGAAUCCCGUUGUCUUGAUCUUUUGUCAUCUUCAACCUAGGCUGAUUCCAACUUGUAGAUCUUAAAGGGACUUGAUUGGUGUAUGCAGUAUUGCAAAUCUCCUAUCUAGACUAUUAUUGGGCUUGGUGGAGAUAUUGCCAUCUUACUGAUCUCCAUCUAGCCUUUAUAAAUCUUAUGGUGGUACCAAGAUAGUGUCUAGUGGUAGGGCAUCAAAUGUUUUAUUUGAAACAUAAAAAUAAAGAAUUCCAAAUCACUCUUCAGGUUGGAGGGAAAUUCAGUCACGGCCCAGCAAUGAUGCAGCAGUUCUGUCCCAUAAUUGUUAUUAUUACCAUGGUUUUUAAUGGAGCAAAAGCCACACAGAAGAAUUUACAAAUUGGUUGGAACAGCCAAAAUCAUGAUGUUUAAGUAAUUCAAACGGAAUGGACUGUAGUCGUCACCUCCGAAAGCGUGGAAAUACUGUACAGUAACAGAGGCUGUGUAUGAAAUGCAGAGGGCUGGCUGGUUCGGGAGAGAGUCCAUUUGAAGAUGGGCCUUCAAUUUGUAGGUGUCAUCUUCAUGCCGGUCCCGUGAGAUUGCCCUUCAAUGUGAGAGAGUGACAGAAAAAUGUAGUGUCUCUCCAAAGAAAGGCAGGGGGAAAUAAGAUUAUUUUCCUAGAUAUGGUUUUAGGAAGAAAAAAAAAUACUAUGUUAGGAAUUUUAACAAACAAUACUAGAAACUGUAAUUUUCCAUUUUGUACUCCUCCCUUUCUUCCUAGCUACACAGCCAUUUUACCACACAAAGAACUUGUGCUGGAAUAAACUGAUGGUCAUGAA